GUAGUGGGCUAUACUAAUCUAGGUUUAAAUACACUCUGUGAUGUUCGCACAAUGACAAAAUCGCCCAACAACACAUUUCUCAGAAUACGUAUCCCCAUCAAGUGGCACACGACUAGAAUAAAUCAGGGUGAUGGCCACGUGGGAGGGAUGGCUGGUGCUCUGGUGCUGUGGGAGAAAUGGACCAAACAGGCUUCCUGGGGAAGGCCAGGAGGGGUCCCCAGGAUUGCAGCAGGAUCAUGGAUGAUGACUUCAUUAUAAUUACAGUUUCCCUUUCCAGGAAGAAAACAGACAGAUGUGCUUCCUUGCCAGUCCAGACAAAUGGCCUCCGCUUAAGUUCCUCCUCAUUAGCUAAUAUGAAGACAACAAAUGUGGUGACUAGAUUUGGGAUCGGAGGCUUUUAAAGGACCCUGGCACCUCUGGUUUAACAAGGACAAAGCCACCACCGCUCACCCCGGUUCCGCACACGCCCGACGAUGACUUCCGUCCCGGGCUAACCGGAAAGGCCAUGGGUGCUGAGAGAGCCCCCCAGAGCCAGCCAUGCAACACUGUCUCCCGCGGAGAGCCAUGGCUCCGUUAGCCCGGCGCCUCCUCGUCCUGGUCCCCAUCCUCCUCAGCCUGGCGGCCUCCCUCAACUGGAAGACUGCCCACAGCCAGUACCCCUUCGAGAAAUGCAUGCAGGAUCCUGACUAUGAGCAGCUGCUCAAGGUGGUGACUUUGGGCCUCAAUCGGACCUCGAGGCCCCAGAGGGUGAUCGUGGUUGGUGCCGGCGUGGCCGGGCUGGUGGCCGCCAAGGUGCUCAGUGAUGCCGGACACAAGGUCACCAUCCUGGAGGCAGACAACAGGAUUGGGGGCCGCAUCUUCACCUACCGGGACCCGAAUACGGGCUGGAUUGGGGAGCUGGGAGCCAUGCGCAUGCCCAGCUCGCACAGGAUCCUCCACGAGCUCUGCAAGAGCCUGGGCCUCAACCUGACCAAGUUCACGCAGUACAACGAGAACACGUGGACGGAAGUGAACAACGUGAAGCUGCGGAACUACGUGGUGGAGAAGAUGCCCGAGAAGCUGGGCUACAAACUGCGCCCCAAGGAGAAGGGCCACUCGCCGGAGGAAAUCUACCAGAUGGCGCUCAGCAAGGCCCUCAAAGAUGUCAAGACGCUGGGCUGCAAAAAAGCAAUGAAAAAGUUUGAAAGGCACACGCUCCUGGAAUACCUCCUCGGGGAGGGGAACCUGAGCCAGCCGGCCGCGCGGCUCCUGGGGGACGCGAUGUCCAAGGACGGCUUCUUCUAUCUCAGCUUCGCCGAGGCCCUGCGGGCCCACAGCUGCCUCAGCGACCGGCUGCGGUACAGCCGCAUCGUGGGCGGCUGGGACCUGCUGCCUCGCGCGCUGCUGAGCUCGCUGUCGGGGCCGGUGCUGCUGCACGCGCCGGUGGUGGCGCUGACGCAGGGGGCGCAGGACGUGCGCGUGCACAUCGCGACCUCGCGCCGGGCGCGGAGCAUGAAGGCCCUGGCGGCCGACCUGGUGCUGCUGACGGUGAGCGGGCCGGCGCUGCGGCGCAUCAGCUUCUCGCCGCCGCUGUCUCGCAAGCGGCAGGAGGCGCUGCGCGCGCUGCACUACGUGCCGGCCACCAAGGUGUUCCUGAGCUUCCGCCGGCCCUUCUGGAACGACGAGCACAUCGAGGGCGGCCACUCCAACACCGACCGCCCGUCGCGCUCGGUAUUCUACCCGCCGCCGGGCGAGGGCGCGCUGCUGCUGGCCUCGUACACGUGGUCGGACGCGGCGGCGCCCUUCGCCGGCCUGAGCCUGGAGGACGCGCUGCGCCUGGCGCUCGACGACGUGGCGGCGCUGCACGGGCCGGUCGCGUACCGGCUCUGGGACGGCAGCGGCACGGUCAAGCGCUGGGCGGAGGACCCGCACAGCCAGGGCGGCUUCGUGGUGCAGCCGCCCACGCUCUGGCGAGCCGAAGAGGACGGCGAGCCGGACUACGACUGGGCGGUCCCCUACGGCCGCAUCUACUUCGCCGGCGAGCACACGGCCUACCCGCACGGCUGGGUGGAGACGGCCGUCAAGUCGGCGCUGCGGGCCGCGGUGCUGAUCAACAACCGGAUCAACCGCGGGGGCGGGCUGGAGCACGUGGUGCCCAGCCACCGCCCGUCGAAGUGCGACUUGGAAAGGGGGGAGGCCCCCCACCAUCCAGACCUACGUAUUUUGAACGCACCGUACACGAUCCACGAGAGGACCUAACAUUAAAGUAUUUUUGGAAAAAGCCGUGGUCCUGCCCCCUCUCUGGCUCGGUCGCUUCCCCCAUCUGCAUGGAGCAAAGCCGUCGGCCCGCGCGGUAGGAGGGGCUGCGCCCACCCUGGAACCCCAGAAGCCGUCCUGCUGCUUCCUGGCAGUGGGCUCCGUGGGGGGCAGGGAGAGGAGGAGCAGGACGCACGCUGCUUUGCACCACGGGUAAAUGGUACUCACGGUGCCCAGCCGCUGUCACGACACAGAUGGGGCCUGAUACGAGUAAUGGAAAGCCCGACCGACAGUGGGUUAAAC